CUUCUUAAUGUCCUUGACUGCUAAUGUUUCGGAGACUUGGACUUAUUUUUGCACUUAUUUUUAGAAAUUCGAUAUUAUAGAAAUGUUUUUGUCGAAAGUAUUUUCUCUUGUGCUUCUGAUUGGUCUGCUGCAUGUAGUUGUACAGGCGGAGUACUCAUGGUACGGACCUGGAAACGGUUAUGUCUAUUUUGUUAUAAACACCAAUAUGGACUACGAUGAAGCUGAAUCGCAAUGUAGAAUAUACGGAGCCACCCUUGCAGUUCAGGGACCCAAGGACAGAAAAACGAUGAAAAAAAUUAACGAGCGAUUGCCGGUCACUACACGCGAAGCUUACUGGAUUGGUCUCACUGAUCGAGUGACCAACGGUCAGUUUAUUUGGGGAGACGGCACCCCAUUAACCAACAAACAAAAGAACUGGCGGGUAAAUGAACCGAGCAAUUAUGGAGGCUACGAAGACUGCGUGGGUGAAAACUUUUCUCAUUCUCUAAAGUGGAACGACUAUCCUUGCGAUUACGGAGAGCUAUAUGCACUAUGCGAACGUCCAGAGUAAAAUUUUUCCUGUUAAAAAUGCCAUAUUGAACAAUUAGCUUAAAAAUAUAAUUUACAUAUACACUACGCAAUAUGUUUUAAACAAAGCGUGUAAGCCAUUUACGGGUAUACAGAUGGACGUUAAUUGUAAACUGGACUCGAAAAGAGUACCGUUUUAAUUAAUAAAAAUGGUAUUUUUAGUAUA